AGAGGCCUUGGCAGAGCUUGGCCUCAGGAUCCGCGUCCCGGUGGAAGCACAGCAAAGGGGAAGCCGUCUUACUAGCCUCUCCUCUGUUGGGAUCACGGGAAAUACGCGGUGAUUACCCCAAAACCCCGCUCUCGAAGGCGAGGCUGUGGGGCUGCCGGGACGGUUUGAGGACUGGGCUCGGCCGGGGAGACACCAACCAUCACCCUCCCCGGCACCCGACCCAACUCCCCGCCGUCUCCCGGCACCGCCACUUCAGGCAGCCCACUCGGCCCGGCCUCUCCCCGCGCCCGGACCACCCCCCAUGGGGUGCUCUCACUGCGCAGCGAGUCCCUCCGCUGCCUCCUCCCAGCCCAAAAUGGCGGCGGCGGCCACCGAGCUGCUCGUCGCCUUCCUCAAGGCUACGGAUCACUCCGCGCGCAAGCCCCGCCCCUCUCGGCCGGAUCUAGUUUUCUUCCUGGUAAAGACUAACGCCAUCAAUGAACUCUUUAAUUGAGUUCUGACAGGGCGGGUCCAGUUGUGCUUCCGCACAGCCCGUUGUUGACAAAAGUGAGGAGAUUGGCAGGCAAACGACCCAAUCAAGGAAGAGAUCGCAGGUAACAUUAGUGCAACGCAUCUGCUGAGACAGGAGAAGAUGGCCACUCUGAACCAUGGCAACUGUAAUUCAGAGUCACCAGCAGCCCUGGAGGAGGCAAAGACUUCUGCUGGUCUGCCGAGGCCCCAGAUAGCCCACGAGCCUCGUGACUUUGACGGUUCCUUGCUUCUGCCAUCAGGAAAGGAGCUACACUCAGAGGAGGAAGCUGGGGCUGGCUCAGGUUGUAACAAUAGGGGUUCUCGGACCCAGAGCCCAGGGCCCUGUUCAGUGGAGGCAGUGCUGGCCCGAAAGAAGCACCGUAGGCGGCCAUCAAAGCGCAAGAGGCACUGGCGGCCCUACUUAGAACUGAGCUGGGCUGAGAAGCAACAGCGAGAUGAGAGGCAGAGCCAGAGGGCCUCCCGGGUCCGUGAGGAGAUGUUCGCCAAAGGCCAGCCCCUGGCACCCUACAACACUACCCAGUUCCUCAUGAAUGACCGUGACCUGGAGGAGCCUAACUUGGAUGUGCUCCACGGGCUGUCCCACCCAGGCUCCUCCAGUGGGGAGAAUGAAGCAGGGGACAGUGAUGGGCAGGGCCGAGCUCAUGGGGAAUUCCAGCAGAGGGACUUUUCUGAGGCCUAUGAGCGUUACCACACUGAAAGCCUUCAGCGCCUCAGCAAGCAGGAGCUGGUGCGAGACUACCUGGAUUUAGAGAGGCGGCUAUCACAGGCCGAGCAGGAAACUCGGAGGCUCCAGCAGCUGCAGGGGCGCCCUAGCAGGCAUCCCUGUCAACAGGUGGCAGAGCUGGCUGCCGAGGUAGAGAGGCUCCGGACUGAAAACCAGAGGCUUCGGCAGGAGAACGAGAUGUGGAGCCGAGAUGGCAGCUGCUGUGACCAGGAGAAGCCAGCCAUAGAAGGGACCACCGGUCCCCAGGAUGAGGCCCUAUUUCAUACCCACGUGGGCCAGCUGGGUUACAAGGAGGCAGGUGACAGAUGAAAGCUACUCCCUGCAUCCCUCCCUCCUUUGAGAACUGCUAAGGCAAGGUCAGAGUUUUCCUUGUCAUUUCCAGAGUUGGGUCUUUGAUGUCAUCUUACUUUUUAAGAGGAAUUAAAUGGCCAUGUGAGAACCA